UAAAUCGACAAUUAAAAAAUAGUUGAACUCAAAAAAAAUAAACUAUAUGCGAUCGGAUUAUCACUCCUUCACUUUUUUAAACUUGACUACGUUAGCAAAAACGGGGGCUAUUGUUACGAUGUGUUAAAGUAUUGACAAUUAUUUUGGUUUAAAUUUAAAUAAAUAAAAGUCGAAUAAUUAAAAAACGAGACUACGUUUGUUACAACAAAUAUUUAUGUGUUAGUAGAUUUUAGUAUUUGAUAUAACUUGUUUUUAAAAUGUUUUCCUCUUUAAAAUUUCUUUAAUUGUUAUUUUAAUUAUCCCUAUACGUCACCACAAAUCGAAUUCGUUUCGUAAUCUUUAUAUCUUGGUUGCGUUAUUAGUGUCUGAAUAAUAAUAAUCUUUGAACAGUCGCAUGUUUAAAAGUAGUUCAAAAGUUUUAUAAUAGAUCCUUUUUUUAUAUAUAUUCAUUUUUGCAAGAGAUGUCUCGUUGGAAUAAAAAACAAAAAGUCCCUGAAGUGUUUGACUCUGUAGCGGAAGGGCUUGUUCGUUUAUAUAAAGAAAAACUAUUGCCUUUGGAAGAAUGUUACAAGUUUCACGAGUUUCACUCACCAAAGUUAGAAGAUAGUGACUUUUUAGGUAAACCGAUGGUUCUUCUUGUUGGUCAAUAUUCUACGGGGAAGACAACGUUUAUUAAAUAUUUAUUGGAACAAGAUUUUCCUGGCAUGAGAGUUGGUCCGGAACCAACAACAGAUUGCUUUACUGCUGUUAUGCAUGGUGCUUAUGAUAGAAUUAUUCCAGGAAAUGCAUUGGUAGUUGAUGCAAACAAAAAUUUUCGAUCUUUAUCUGCAUUUGGAAAUGCUUUUCUUAAUCGUUUAAGCUGUGCUGAAACAAAAAACCCUGUUCUUGAAACAAUAACUCUUAUUGAUACACCAGGUAUUUUAUCAGGUGAAAAACAAUCAAUUAAUCGUGGCUAUGAUUUUACUGCAAUACUAGAAUGGUUUGCAGAGAGAGUAGAUAGAAUUAUAUUAUUAUUUGAUGCUCACAAAUUGGACAUAUCAGAUGAAUUUAGACGUGGUAUUGAAGCGCUACAUGGAUUUGAUGAUAAAAUAAGAAUUGUUUUAAAUAAGGCAGACAUGAUUUCUACACAACAGUUAAUGAGAGUUUAUGGAGCAAUGAUGUGGUCACUCGGCAAAGUUAUUCAAACACCAGAGGUGACACGUGUAUAUGUUGGUUCUUUUUGGGAUCAACCAUUAAGAAUUGAUGAUAACAGGAAAUUAUUUGAACUUGAAGAAAAUGAUUUAUUUAAUGAUUUACAAACAUUACCUAAAAAUGCUGCUCUUAGAAAGUUAAAUGACCUAAUCAAGCGAGCACGUUUAGCAAAGGUUCAUGCUUACAUUAUAUCUGCUUUAAAAGAUGAGAUGCCAGCAGUAUUUGGUAAAGAAAAAAAAAAGGCAGAGCUCAUCAAGAAUUUGCGUGAUACGUACAGGCGUAUUCAAAGUCAGUAUGAAAUAUCUCCUGGGGAUUUUCCAAACUUAGAAAGAAUGCAAGAAAAUCUUGAAUUGCAUGAUUUUUCUAAGUUUCCCAAUCUCAGGCCAAAAUUGAUUGAAAAAGUUGAUCAAAUGCUAAGUGAGGAUAUUGCUAGAUUAAUGGCUAUGUUACCUCAAGAAGCAGAAACCCGAGGUGAUUCUCAAGUUGUCAGAGGUGGUGUGUUUUCGAGUGCUGAAGGAGAACUAAAUCCAUUUGCAACUGGUGCUGCAGAAGGCUAUGCGUUAGGGGCUGGAACUAGUCAAUGGGUUGUUAAUUCAUCUGGGGAUAAACAAAAAUAUGAUAAGUUAUUUAAUGAACUUAAUCCUAUUGAGGGAAAAAUAACUGGGGCAGCAGCGAAAAAAGAAAUGAUGAAAUCCAAGUUACCUAAGAAUGCUCUUGCCAAAAUUUGGUCGCUAGCUGAUAUUGACAAAGAUGGUCAUCUAGACGAAGAAGAGUUUGCGCUAGCAAUGUAUUUAAUUGAGGUUAAAAUAAAAGAUGAUGAUGAAAUACCGUCAGCUCUUCCGGAGCAUUUAGUACCACCUGGCAAACGGAGGUUGGUGUUCGGCGCCGCUCAUGGUAAUUAGCACUUUAAGAAUUUGUAUUUAUUAUAAUUAUAAUGCCAAUUUAAUAUCAAUAAUAAAAUUAAUCUUGAAUAAUUUAAAAAGCAAUAUAUUUUUCCUUGUAAUAAAUAUCUUUUUUUUUAGCAGUUACAUUUUGCAAUAAUGUAGAAGUGUGAUAUUUCUUUGAGUUUUUAUUAAGUAAAAUGUUUUUGUUGUUUCUUUAACUUUGCUUUUUUGUAAAAAGAGAAAUUCAUUAGUUGUCCUAUAUCUUGUAUAUAGAACCCUUUUCUUAGAUUAUAAACUCUUUUUAUAAUUUUCACAUUAAUGUGCAACUGUUUUCGUUUAUCGUCAUUGUAGUUGAUUUUAAAUUACUUUAAUUUAAAAAAAAAUUGUGUAAUUAUUUUUGUUAUUAAAUAUUGAUAAAAACGACGAUUUUAUGUAAAUGAACUCACAUAAAUGCUAUUUUUUGCAAGACAAAUGUGUCAGUAGAUUGGUUCCAUGAUAAAUGUUUUUUCGUUU